AUGUUCAAACAUUCCCAGCCAAUUCCACAUCAGAAACGGGAAUCGCGACAUCACCCAAAACCAGAUAGUCGGCAUUCUGUCAGCAGCCAAAAACAUGAACGACGAGUUGAAAUAUAUUUGCUUGACCUCGACGGUCUGCGAGAAUCUCUCAAGAUCGGAAUCAAGGAGACUUCACAGUUGACUCAUAUCUCCAAUUUCCUCAAGCGUCGCUUUAAGGCUCACGACGAGCCGGUGUCUGAAAAUGCCCGAAUAACCUACUUCUGGGGGAGCCAAUGCCUCUUAGGAGAGAACAUCCCCAGCAUUGUGUCUACGCUUCACUAUCGUGUCUAUAAUUGCAGCGAUGAUGACGACUCGAUUCGUAUUACUUGGAGCAAAGAACUUCAGCUAGAAGGGUCACAGGUUCACCAGAUUCACUGUGCUCUUGGAAAGGGCAGCACAGUCGGUGAAUUAAGGCAAGUGGUUGCCUCACUGCUCGGGCUCCAAGAUCCGAACAGAAUCAUUAUAUCAUCACGCGGGGGCCUUCGUCCUGGGCCGGUCCAAGGGAACAAUUGGGAAGCCUGCAAAAUUACAGCGUGGCUCUGUCGAAUAAUAUGGAUCGAUGUGGCUCCGUCAAAGGCUUACCUCGUUCUGAGAGGUAUGAAUGAGGAGUAUCUGUAUCACCAACCCACAACCGGCAAUGGACAUUGGACGGGGUUUCGGUUACUUCGAAAUUGGAUAAAGACCGGAAUACUCACCAAUUGCGACGUCCGCUUAGCAGGUGGUUUGAAAGUGGACAAGGACGACAUCACGUUGAUUUGCGAAGGCAAAGUCCUAGAUAAACGCAUGCGCAUUUCGGAUGGACAGACCGUCGACUUCCACCUCCCGCAUGCAGUGGCGGAAAAGUUCCACCAGGAAGAAGCAUGGCUUGUGCCCCUUACAGAAAGCUGUUCGGUAUGUGGCGACGAGAAGAGGAUCUCAGAGAUGCCGAGACAAAUCACCCAAGCCUGCGAGCACGCCCCAAAUACAUGUAAUGAUUGUGUCGGACAAUGGAUCACCUCCAGCAUGGAAACAGUGGCCUGGGAUCGACUUAAAUGCCCAGAAUGUCCACAAACCCUCCUCUUCGACGACGUAAAGACGUUUGCGAAUCCGCAGGUGUUCGACAGGUAUGACGCUUUGGCAACGAAGGCCAGCCUUUCCGGUAUCAGGGACUUCCGAUGGUGCCUGAAUCCCAGACGCACGCACAAGCUGAGAAAAAACGAAAAGGCUUCCGAGAAGAAAGUCAAGGAGAUCACGAAAGCUUGUCCGCAGUGCCACAAGGAUGUCUACAAGUACUCGGGAUGUGAUCAUAUAACUUGUGUUUGUGGGCACGAAUGGUGCUACAUUUGCCUCGAGGCAUAUUAUCAUGACCGAAACAGCUUCCUGCGAUGCAAGCACAAGCGGGACUGUGAGUACUACGAGAAUCCACCGAUCUAUGAGGGCGGUCGCGCAUUCAUGCCCAUGUUCAACCCGGCGAAUAUGAAUCGUGGAAACGGUCCUCAUCCACAGCCUCAUCCUCCUUGGAUGCAGCGUCCUGGCCCGGCUGGCCAAGUUCCGUUACGGCCUCGCUCUCCACCUCCUCCACGCCAUGUGCAGCCGCAUGCGAGGAACGAUCCUAGGGGCAUCAACCCCUGGGUCAUCAUGGAAGGCUUCCUUGAGCACGGAGAAAAUGCAUUCGCUCAAGCAAAUCGCACAAGACAUGAGCCUGGAGAGAAUGAUUUCCUGGGAGCCGCUGCCAUGUUCAACCUAUUCGACCUCGAUCAACAGAUGCGAAGAACACAAUGA